AUGGCGACCGGUCAGCAGAAGUUCCUGCUUGUUGCGGUGGACUACUUCUCCAAAUGGGUCGAAGUCGAGCCCUUAGCCAAAAUAAUUGAGCAGAUUGUCAUCAAGUUCGUAUGGGAGUGGUGCGAGGGAUAUGGUAUCCAGCAGGCCUUCACUUCCGUGACCUAUCCGCAGAGCAACGGGCAAGCUGAAGUCACCAAUCGGGAGAUCAUUCGAAUCCUUCGUGCUCGGCUCGACCAUAUCGGAGGUAGCUGGGUUGAUGAGCUCCCAAGUGUGUUACGAGGUAUCCGCAUGACCCAAAAGGAAGGCACAGGCAUGACCCCCUUCCACCUGGUAUACAGCGGUGAAGCGGUCGUCCUGGUGGAAGUCGGGGUAGAAUCCGAUAGGGUGCAGCACUACGACGAUGGGAACACUGAGCGGAGGAUGAUGGAGCUCAACUUGGUGGACGAAAUGCGGGUGAAAGCCGUCGUUCGGCUGACGGCCUACGGAUAA